UCCUCAUUUUAUGCCUCCAUUUGGUCCUUUCAGCUCUCCUUCCAAGAGCAUUCCUUCUCUGUCUCUGACACUGAUCGCGCAAUACGGCUGCAUUCCAACAGAUAGCGGGAUCGAUUGCUGGAAGGUUGUAGUGACAUCCUACCAUACAAUAUAAGGCAUGGCGCACUCCGGCCCGCGGCCUGUGCCGGCUAAUGCAGGAGCUUCCUCAGGCAGCUAUAGAGAAGCGGUCCCGGAAUACGCGCCAUCUCCUUCACUUCGACCAGCCCUACCCGCCCCCUCUCAUCUUCCUAAGCGAGUGUUUGUGGGUAGCAUAGUGACUCCUGUCAACUUGACUCACCUCAGACUCAUAGAGCGCGGUAUCCUGGGCGUCGGAACGGGCGGGGUGAUUCGGUUCGUAGAGGAUCUGGCGGAGGUGGAGCUGAAGCUGGCUCAAGAAGAGGCGCGACAAAGCGCCUUUGUGGCUGAGGAGGAGGCGAGAGGUCGAUCGCAGCACAGACAAAGCCGUGAUCAGUUCAAGUCUCAUGCUGGGACGGAUGAGGACAGCUCAGGGCACAGCGAUGACGAGAGCCAUGAGGAAGGAGGGACCACCCCCGGGGCGCCUGCGAGGAGUAUGACUCCAAAACCGCUACCAGUGCUAAGUAAUGGCAAGACACAAACGUCGCAGCUUCCCACUACCUCUACGCGGGAUGUAUCAGCCGGCGGUCUUCAGAAUGGUUCAAAGCGAGAAGUGUCGCUCCCACCCCCUGCAUUGCCGACGGACAUGCCACUGGACUGGACGACUCAGACCGCUGCUGCACGCGAAGCUUCUGCAUCGCGGUCGCGCUCUGUGGGCAUCGGACUGCCACCCUCCCAACAACAAGCACUGGAGAGGAAAGCCAUUCUCUACGUGGUCAAGUCACACGGAUGGAACAUCGCAGAUUGCGAGGUCGUGCGUUUAGAUCCAGGUGCAUUCUUGCAGCCGGGCUUCAUCGAUACGCACACGCACGCAUGUCAGGUACCCAAUCUUGGCCUUGGUCAGCAGUACGAGCUGCUAGACUGGCUACAGCACGUCACUUUCCCCAGAGAAGCGCGCUUCGAGGAUCCUGUGUAUGCACGCAAGACUUAUGACAGCGUUGUCCAGCGGCUGCUGGACUCGGGCACUACGUGCGCCGCCAUCUUCGCCACAAUUCAUCAGGAGGCUACGUCUAUUUUGGCGGAGAUCUGUAAUGACAGGGGAAUGCGCGCCCUUGUGGGUAAAUGUGCAAUGGACAGGAACGCUCCUAUCAAUUACAUCGAAAAGAACGCUAGCGUAUCUCUCGAGGCGACGAAGACUUUCAUAAAACACGUGCGAUCCUUACGACCGCAUGGAGAAUAUCCUGACGCCUUGUCGCCAACAAUGACCCCAACGCAUACUUCCGGAUCCCCAGAGAUGGACGCCAGCAUUGCCCGCCUAUCGGCGACGAUGUCUGAGAUAAUGAGCAGCGGCGACGCUAAGGAGCGACCUAAGAGUUGCGAUCGACACAACGACGCCCUGCAACUUUCAACGGGGACAUCGCCUCCCGAAUCUCACGUUGAUUCGGGGAGAUCUGAGAAUAAAAGGCUGUCGCAAUCUGCAAUUCUUGAUAAGCAGCUGCCUUCCUCUGGCUGGGCUUCGCAUCGAGUCGAGCGUACAAACAGAGCCAGUGCGCCCUCGUCCGCCGCGCUGACUCGUAAUCACAGCAGCAGCCGGUCAUCCCACAAGCCAAAGAUCAGCGCCCCUCUCGUUCAACCAAUAUUGACACCGCGGUUUGCGAUCUCUUGCAGCGACUCGAUGCUCGCGAGCAUUGCUGCGCUUUGGUCGCGGGAUCCAUCUCUCCGUAUCCAGACACACUUGUCCGAGAAUGAAGGCGAAAUCGCAUUCACCAAAAAGCUCUUCCCCUUCGCGGAAAACUACACGAGCGUGUACGAGCACUUUUCGCUUUUGACUCCAAGAACGAUUCUAGCUCAUGCCAUACAUCUCGAAAGUUCCGAGAUGGAUCUCAUUCGAAAGCGAGACUGCGGAAUCUCGCAUUGCCCGAACAGCAACUUCAAUCUACGCUCAGGCACGAGCCGGAUCGGAGAAAUGCUGAACAGGGGGAUCACCAAGAUCGGCCUCGGCACAGAUGCAAGCGGCGGCUUCGGACUCGGUAUCUUGAGCGCGAUCAGGGAAGCGAGCGUAGUUGCCAAGGUUCUCAGCUUUCCACAACGCGGCAAGCAAGAAGGUGAAUUGUUGACAGCUCAAGGUCUCGGAGACUGCGCGCCAGUCGGCUUACUACUCAGGAAGGCGAAGGAGCAAACGAAAGAGUCGGAAGAGCCGCGUACAAGCCGAGAGCAUCAAACGCCUCCUGAGGAUGGCAGACACCCCAUGCCUCCUGUGGACCAUCAGCACAAAGUCAAGAGACCCGCCAUCACGCAGAAGGGCCCUGCUACGCCCAGCGGCGCGGCGACGACUCCUCGAAAGACGAGUGUCAGCACAACUGGAAGUUCCACCAGCAGUCAUGCGAGUGACUCUGCGAGCACGUCUGGCACGUCCGCUGCUGAAGAGGAAUCUCAGCUCGGAAGCGAUGAAGGGAAAAGCACAAAGGCUACGCUGCCUGAGGCGCAGGACGGUACCCCGACAGACUUUUGCGCCGGGCCCCUGAGCAUCGCUACGUUGUUCUACCUCGCCACUCUCGGAGGCGCGCACGUGUGCAGCUUGGCGGACACGAUCGGAAGUCUAGACGUAGGCAAGGAAUUUGAUGCCCUUCUGAUCCGGACCACCUCAAAUUGGGAUCCGAUCAAGGGCUACAGAGGCUGUCCCAACCUCUUCAUCGAGGAGGAGGACACCAUCGAGACUCGUCUAGAAAAGUUCCUCUUUUGUGGUGAUGAUAGGAACAUCUCGUCAGUCUUCGUGCGAGGUCGAUGUGUCGGCGGGGCGGAUCCCAUCAGCUGAGCGUUGACGCACGAGAUGGAUGAAGAGAUCACGAGGAGGAGAGAACUGCAAGUGCGCAUCGCAGAACGAUAAUGUACAAUAAUACUGC